AAAGAUGACACUGAAAAAGGAAUUACGUCUACUGGCUAAACCCUAUUAUUGGGUAAACAUAAUAAUAUCGCUAUCAUAUUUAAUAUCCAAAAAGACAAUACCCAUCUGUUCAAGGAUUUUCCGACAUCGAGAUGAAGAGAUGUGCGAAUUGGAUAGCCGAGAAACGGAAAUUCUUUUCUUUCUGCUCAUCAUCAUAAUGAUUCGAUCGAGGAAAACGGGCAGUGUGACAAUGGUCAAUUACUUGUCCUCGUCGUUUUUGUACACCAAAGUAGCAAAUGGCAUUUUGUGGGCCUACAGUGAUUUCCGCUAUGGCCUUGGGUUCUUAUUGAUAUGUGUGUUGGUUGGCAUGCUGUUGCCAGAACCCACAUACAAGGGACCCGAACACAUUACCUACUUCCGUACAGCCCAAGCUUUCGAGGAUGAGUUGGCUCGCGAUAAACGCAUCAACUGGCUUAUUUGUUUCUACACCGUAUGGAAUCCAAGCUGUGUCAAUUUUGCCCCAGUGUUUGCUGAAUUAUCGGCUGAAUAUAAUCUGGAUAACUUGAAAUUCGGUAAAAUCGAUAUUGGACGUUUCCCCGAAACUGCACAAAAGUAUCACAUAUCCGACAGCAGCUUCUCCCGUCAAUUGCCAACAGUUAUUCUCUUCCAAAAUGGCAAGGAGGUGGAGAGACGUCCUAUGGCCGAUGUCAAGGGCAAAUUACAGAAGUUCUUCUUUUCAUCGGACAAUGUUCGAGCUGCUUUCGGUCUAAAUAAUCUGUAUAAACAGUGUGUGGAGAAUCCACUCAAACCUUCCAAGCAACAACAACAAAUCUCUGCCAAUGCUAAAAAGACUAACUAGAUACAAC